GAUAAAUAUCAUUUGUCCCCAAAACUGGUAAAAAUCUAAAAAGAGCUGGACAGUGAGUUCAUGGAAGAAACUAAAUAUGUGAGUUUGAAACUUCUGAUAGACACAGAAAGAGAAAGAGUGCUUUUUGCAGAAGCGGGCAAGGAAUUCAUCGACUUCCUCCUUAGCAUUCUGGAACUGCCGCUCGGAACUUUCAUUCCGCUUUUCGAAAAGCAAGGAAUGGUGGGCAGCUUCGGAAACAUUUACCACAGCAUUGACAACUUAGGUACUGUUUACCUUCAACCAAACGUGAACAAAGAGACUCUCCUGAAACCCAAACUACACAUCUCUGGUGGUGGUGGUGGUGGUGGUUCUGGAGUCCCACUCAAAUCGCCAGACUUCGCAUCAUCUGCGAAAUCCAAGAAAUUGUAUAGGUGUUCUACAGAAGAUUUGAACAAACAUCGCCCAUUUCGUGUGGCUUGUAAUCUUCAUGUGGCUAAUCAUGUCUUCCGUACCUGUCCUUCCUGCUAUUGGUCUAUGGACAUGGAGCUAAAUUUUGUAGACCCACCAAGCACUAAAGGAGGGUAUGUGAAAGAAGUAGUUACAUACAUGGUGAUGGAUGAUCUGGAGGUGAAACCCAUGUGCACCACCUCAACUUUUACUCUGCUUAACAAGUUUAAUGUCAAGGAAUUGGAAGUUCUUGAGGAGAAAGUGGUCGAUUUGGGCAUGGAUGAGGGUGUGAAAUUGUUCAAGGCUUCUCUGCAGUCUAAGAGUGUUCUAACUGAUGUCUUUCUCCCGAAGUUGAAACAAGAAGUCAAAUGGGAGACAUGAGUGCAAGAGUUCUGUGCCAUUGCCAAAAUGUUUUUUUUCCCCUUUCCUUCUGGCUGCAAUUUGGUUUUAAAUGCUAGUCAAUGUAUAGGGCAAUAUGCUUGCUCUCCUCUCUCUAUCUCUCUCUUUAGUCUUUAUUGGAAGCCUAGUUAAGCAACAUUAUGUUUCAUCAAAA